GGCAACGACUAAAUAUUGGUGCCUUGCGUCCCACUCCUGUUGCGAAACUUCUAUUUUUCUUCCAGGAAAAAAAAUUUCAUUCUUAUUUACCUUCCAUCUCACCCUCCUUCGCUUUUCUAUAUACACCCAAGAAAUUGAAAGCCUCGCCAGAAUGGAAACGCCUCGGAUAGAGCUAGUCCGCCUAACCAAAGAGCACGCGCUCGGCUAUUUUUCCGUCUGGUCGGAUCCCCACACCACCCGAUGGAGCUGCAACGGCCCAUGCAAAACCCUCCAGGACGCCGAGGACUGGAUGGCAAGUCUGUUACCAGAUGAGAAUCCCACGGGAGAAAACUACGCCAUCCUCAUUCGUCGCGACCUCGAUCAAGCAACAAUCGACAGCUUCAAGCCCGAGACAGAAAUCGACGAUACUGAUUCAGUGUUCAAACCCGGAGGGUUUAUCGGAUGGAUAGGCACCUGGCGAUCGGAACCUUUAUCCGAGGUGGGGUUCGUCCUGCAUAGGUCGACCUGGGGGUUGGGUUUUGCGACUGAAGCUAUGAAGGCGUUUACUUCGUUGUUCUGGCGGCUGAAACCGAACGUUGAGUAUUUGGCCGCGUUUUCUGAUACGGAGAAUGUGGCUUCGAUCCGUGUGUUGACCAAGUGUGGGUUUCGGUGGGUUGGGGUUGAGUUUGGGGAAUACGAGUUGGAGUGGAUGGUACCCCAAAAACGUGAUACUUCGCAAUAUCGGCUGUAUAGAGGUGUGAAUGAUGGCAUCAACUCCUCAAGGCGAUGAGAGCUUAUUGGGAUAGCUUCAUGGCCCUUUUCAGAUGCUAUUUGCCCCAUUUUUCGAAGAAAGGAUGGAAUGGGACUUGUAUUUAAGCAAAUAACAACAUGAUCCGGAUUGGGAGAAAAUUUUAUCAAUCGACCAGUGCAUUA